UCCUUCUUACGUCAUCACCCGGCACAACAACAACAUUGCACUCGUGGGUGGGUGAAAGCUGUGAUAUCUCACCACAAUGGACUCUAUAAGGACGGAGGGGCUCUCUUCCUCACAGCGGGAGGACCUGAUGGACCAAGUGAAGCAGCAGAUAGUCAUUGCCAACACACAGGAGCUGCUCACGAAAAUGGGAGAAAAAUGCUUUUCUAAAUGCAUCACUAAGCCAGGAUCUUCCCUCGACAGCUCAGAGCAGAAAUGUCUGGCAAUGUGCAUGGACCGCUACAUGGACUGUUGGAACCUCGUCUCACGAACCUACACAGCCAGACUGCAGCGUGAGAAGAACUUCCAAUAAUCCCAAUCCCUGAUGCCCCACCCACCCUUUGUUGCUGAUAUGUAUGAGUAAUAAACUGUAUAUACAUGAUGCCCAUGUACUGCAACCAACAAGUGUGAAUGAGAAAAGUUCAGUGAUGUAUAUUCAAGGUGAAGGGACCACGUUGGCUUCCCAUCAACGGCUGUCGGUCCAGUGUGCACACCGUCAAGGAAUUGCCAAGAAUGCCUCACUUAUGUUCUGACAUCAUUUGCAUUACCUUUUCCAGAGAAUAAAGAUAUAUUUUACAAUGUAUGAUUAGAAUCACUUUUUGCAUUAAUAAUUUUGCUUCUUUACUAAGGGUGUACAUGCAUAUGUACUGCCACACAAAGAAGACAUAGCCAGAUAUAAAAUCCUUCACAGGUAUUUUUAAGUUAGAAGCAGAUAGAAAAUACUUUACAGGUGGGGACAAAUUAGCAGCGUAAAUAAUUUGGCAGCCUUGAUAAAAGACGGCUAUUGUUUUACACUGCUUAACUUGUCAGGAAUAAAGUAACCACCAUCUGUGCUUCUCAUGUUCAGAAAAUGCAUAUUUAUGUCUUGUUCACACUGUUGAUGUACGUCUUGUGUGUAAAUCAUGAGUGUACUUUUAAAAAACCUAUCACGUGAGGAAAUCAUGCAAAAUACAUUUAUCUUAGGUAAUUUUAAGUAGUAAUGUGUGAAAAAGUGAUGUGAAGAUGGAUAACUAAGGAAUGGCUGAUGUCACUACCUCCUGCAGCACCCUUGUGUGAGUACCUGCCAGGCACGGUGACUGCUGAUGCCGAGGCCUCAUGGCAACUCCAGGAACUUGUGUGUGUGUGUGUGUGUGUGUGUGUGUGUGUGUGUGUGUGUGUGUGUGUGUGUUCUAAUUUGUCUUGUUGAGCUGAAAUCACUUGAGUGGAUGUAUGUGAUAUAUUCUACAGGUUUUAUAGAAAGACCUUGUAAGCAUAUUUUAUCAUCUUGGCAUCUGACAACCUGCAAUUGUUCUGUGCAUUUGUGUAUAUAAGAUCUGUAUGAAGGUUGGUAGUAAUGGUCUAAGAAUUAGAGUGCAUCAUUUGCAUCUUAACUGCAGCUAAAGUUUUACAUGGCUUGCAUGUUAAAUAUUAUAGAAAAUCAUGCAGUGGUCAUGCUGAUCUAGUGAAUGAAGGUACUAGCAAUGAAUUGCCUUUGUUUUAACAUUCACUCAGCAAAAGAUUGUCAAGUAAAAUGGAAUAGUUUAUGUUGAACAUAUAUAAACAAAUGUUUUGUAAAUAAAUCCUUGACUAUU